AUAGAAGAAAAGUCCAUGAAUUGCUCUGAAACUGAUGCAGUUCAAAAUCCAGCUAUAUAUGUGGAAACAGGCAGCAACUUACCAACCCAUUUGGCUGCAAAUAUGCAAGAAAAUAGAGACCAAAAUAUUACCGGUGGUUUGGUAAGGAAAAUUGUGAGUGGAACUGAUGCUCAAGCAUGCAAUAGUCAAGGCUUAAUACCACCUCACAUCAGUCAAAUAUAUGAUGAAUUAUUUCUUAUACAUCAGAAGCUCCAGAAAGAAAGUUCAGCACAGCAGGAGUAUGCUCUGCAACUGCAGAAACGAGAGCAUUUGCUAACAGAGCGAGAAGCAUUGCUUUUUAGACAUGAAGCAGCUUUGGCUAAAAUAAGAGGUGUUGAGGAAGAAGUUCACACAAAAUUUGGAAUUAUAAAAGAGCAACACGAGGCAGAAGUUAAACAGCUGACAGAAGCCUUGAGAGAAAUAACUAAAGAAAAUAGGAGGCUGAAGUCAUCAUUUGACACCUUGAAGGAAAUGAAUGACUCUUUAAGAAAACAGUUAAGUGAUGUAACCGAGCUGAACAAGAAGUUGGAAGGUCAAGCAAGAAAAGUACAAGCUCGUUUAGAGAAUCUACAAAGGAAGCACGAAUUUUUAAUGGUACGGAAGUCUAAGGACAUAUGUCAAGUGGUGCAACAAAGUAAACCUGUCAAGCAGGAAAAAGUGAUGGUAACAUCAAAAAUUGCUAAGCUACCAUUGAAUGCACAAGUUUAUGAGCUCUUAACUCUUCUUAUGGAUUGGAUCUCAGACCAACACCUUAGCAAAAUAAAAAUACAAGAAGAAAGAGAAGACACUCAUAAAUUUAUGGCUACCCAGACCUCAAAAAAAUCCUGCACCCAGGAAAGGUGUAUGAAGCUUUUGCCUAUAGCUACUGAGCAACUCCAGUGGAUGCCAUUUGUGAAUCCUAAACUACACAUGCCUGUGAUUAAAUUUAUUUACUGGUCUAUAAGACAGCUAGACACUGGUAUUCAGCAUGCAACAAUGACAUCAACAAUGAGGAGACUUGGUGAAGAUAUUUUCAAAGGCAUAGUAAGUAAGGGAAACCCACAUAGUUCUUCCGAACAGUCUACAGAGAGAAAAUCAAAAUCGGCAGCUUUCUUUAAGAGUUCCUGUAUGCCUUUGAGGUUUCUGUCAACUUUAAUUGUGCUUAAAACAGUGACACAAGUGGAUUACCUGGCUCAGGCAUUUGAUUCCCUUCGCGUAGACUUGAAGACGGAUGAAGGGAAGGCCUUAUUUUUGGAAUACCAAUGUGUGCCUGUCAUAUUAAGUCACUUCAAAGUAUCCAGUAGAGGUCUGCUUUCCAGUGCUCUUGAUGGAUUACUUCAGAUGACCACAGAAUCUGGUUCCUUACAGCCUUUCCUGGAAGCCUGCAGUAACGAAUCCUUCUUCCGUGCUUGUUCUAUAUUGCUUCGAAGUUCUAAGCUAGAUGUUCAGAUAUUGGAGAAGCUCUGUGUUAUACUGCAAAAACUCUCCAGAAUAAAAAGCAAUAAGAAGAUGUUUGAAUUGUUUACUCUUCACCAAAUGAUCCAAGAACUGCAUAGGACUACAAAUCCAGAUCAUGCUUUCCUCUGUAUAAACCUCAAUUCAAUUCUGUUGAAUUUGGGAUUGUCAAGGAGUACCUCUCUUACCUCGAGUCUAAGCACAAAAGGGAAAUAAUGCUGCUGUUCUGAAUGACUCAUGCAAUCUAAGGAAUUGGAUGCCUUGAGUAAGCAGAUCAGAAAUACCAACCUUUCCUUACAGCAAUUUGUCUUACACUUCUGACAAGCUUUCCUAUGAAAGGAGUCCACCAGGUUUGGCAUAUCCAGAAGUAUGUCCAGAAGAGACAGCAAGCAGUGUGUACUCUUUGGGCAGGAAACCAAUUCUAGGUGAUAGACAAAUGAGAUGCCUGUGUGCGACCUGUAUAACAGCUAAUCACUGACGUCUUCUGCAGCAGAGUGUGUAAAGGCUUCUUAUCAUUCUUCCAUAAGUAUUCAGAUGGUCUGGUUUCACAGAACACUGGCAAAAGGGAAUCAACAUUUUUCUGUCCUUGAAGAGUGGCUGAUAGUGAUAAAUUAAUGCCUGAGGUAACAGGUGCUAUGCAGUAUAAAUCAUAUCACAAUAAAUAAUCAAAAGAGCUUAUUUGGAUGUGAGGGAAAUAGAAUAUAUAUGCAAUAUUAUGUGCCUAGAACUAGAUAUAGAC